AUGAAAUAUGAUCGUGUUUCAACAGCAUUUUCAAUUGCAAAUAAAGUUGUUCGACUUAUAACAGAUAAUGCGUCAAAUAAUAUAUCUGCUUUCGGUGAAUUAGUUAUACCAGGUUUCGAGUCAUAUUUCAUAACUGAAGAUGAUACAGAAGGAAGUGAUGAGGAUGAUGAAGGUCAAAAUGAAUUUGACAAAUGUGAGGAAUUAUUAAGACUGCCAUGUUUCAUUCACACAUUGCAGCUUGCAGUCAAAGAUGGCUUAAAUGAAAGUGCAUGCAUUCGAUCUGCAAUAGCAACAGUGGCCGAGACUGCGAAAUUAAGCCACAGAAAUAUUCCAGUAGCCGAAAAGCUACAGGAGUUUAAACUAAGUAUUCCAUUAGGUGUUAUAACUAGAUGGAAUUCACAGUUUAUUACAGUUUCAAAAAUUGUUGACAUACCUAAGGCUACUACUCGAACACAAUCUGAAAAAUGUGUGUUUAUAUCACUUGUGACACCAAGUAUAGUUGAAAUAUAUUAUGAUUUAGAAAAUGAAUUAAAAUUAUACAAAUAUACAAGUUCAAUAUGUAAUGCGCUUUUUAAAUCAGUAAAAGAAAGAUUUGGUGGUCUUCUACUUAAUCUUGAAAAACCAGUCGAUGAUUAUUUAAAACAUCAGAGUACAUUUCAUCUUUUCUCAGAUGCUAUAUUUUUGAUUUCUUCUUUUUUGGAUUGA